AUGUUUUCAAAUAAAGGAGGAGUAUCAGCCAAGACUUCCAAAGACUCCUCAGACAUGAUCAGUGAGCAAAAGAAGGAAAGGAAUGCAGCUAAGAUAAGUGAUAUGGGCGUUGCUAUUGAUGAGAAAAGUUCAGAUGAUUCCUUCGAGAAAUAUUUCUCAAAGGAAUUAGACCUUGAAGAGGAUGAAGUGCCAAUAGUUCUCCAUGAACUCAAUGAUAGUGCACUUAAUUAUAUUGCAAGGGAAGCCUAUGAUAAAGCUCUUGUAUUACUCCAGAAAGCACAAGCUAUUAUUGAGCAACUCAAUUUGGAAAAAUAGCAGGGCUGACAAGUUUCUCAUGCUCACAAUCCUGCAUAAUAUGGCAAUGUGCUACCAAAAAAUAGGCGCACUUGAAGAGUGAUCAUUGUACCUUGAAGGGUGUCUCAUGAAUGUAGCCUCCUGAUUUGCAGAUGAUCUCUCAGAAGCACCAGAAGAGAAACUCAAGAAAUUAAAAUAUGAAUGUAAAGCUCAUAUGCAAGUAUGAGCUUUAUUAUCUCAGCUCCACAGACACAAGGAAGCUCUGAUUCACGCUAAAAUUGCGAUCAGUAUCUCUCACUAUCUCGUAAAAGAUGUUCAUAAGUUAGUAAAAUACUAUGUGGAAAGGAUGAAGCCCAAUCCAGAUGAGAAAAUGAUAAAUUUAGAUAAUGAAAAGGAUAGCACAGGAGAAGGAAAUAAUUCUAUACCCAAAUAAACAUAUUGACUUCCUUUAUGAGUCACAGCUGUCACUUCUAGCUAAGACAUCGAUGAAAUUAUUUCCGAUUGCUGAAGAACUUGAAAAUAGGUUAGUCCCUGAAAACAUCGUCCUCAAAGAGUUAUUUGAUGAUACUGAUCAUGAAGAGAUCAGACAACAACAAAAUAACAACCCUAAAACCACAGAAGACUUCAACACUGUAUUUGAUAAAGUAGACAUGAGGAAUCUUCUGGGGUAUCUGAACCAGUCUGACUGGAUCUGGUCCUUGAAUAUUGGAAAUAUUAUGCAGAUAUCUCCACUCACAAUGCAAGACAUUUACACUACCUCUAGCAUUGAAUACGAGCUUUCAAGAGAACUCGUGCUUGAGAAAAUAUGAUUCCUUGCAGUUUCAUAUUUCUGUGUAUCCACAGAGCUAAGAUUCAUAGUUCAAAUGAAGCAAGAUGACGAGAUUACCGACCCAGCAAUGAAGAGAAGAGAGUCCGAAUAUUUCCAUGGUAAAGCCCUCGACAUUGCAGCAGGAUUCCUACCCAGUGAGUGACCACUUGUGAGUCACAUCUUGAUGAGUUACCAAAAACAUCAUGCUCCUUCUCAGCAAGUAAUAAACGAGGGAGAAGAAUAUAAAGAAGACUUGAAAGUUAUCCGACCAUUACAAGGAAUUGAGUCAAAUAAGCAUCAGCCCAUAGUCAGAGCUAACCGUGAUGCAGACUACACCGUCAACCCUCCCACUGACUCCCUCAUUAACUACCUUUCCCACCUCCACAGAAUCACAGACUCCCUCGUCCCCAAAGGCUCUCCCAACAAAUCGCCUUCUAAGGCAGUCUGUGUGUCCAAAGUCACUCAGACCCAGCCAGUGCAAGGCUUUCCUCAUAAAAACUCAAAAAUCCUCAGUGAACUCAAACUCGACAAAGAGCAGCAAGACUUGGCUCUGGUCAAAGCAUCCAGGUCCAACGACAGCUUCGAAGGCAAGCCCAUUGGUCAAUCCCGCAAGAGCAGUGGACACGCAAGGCGGAAGUCAGGAGUCAAGGCUCCGAAGCACAAGCACAACAAGAGUGUAGCCGAGAAAGUGGAUGAUGAUGACAUGGACAAGAUCAUCCACGAUUUGAAGUACUUCAAAGAGCACAUGCAGGCCAACAAGAGGACCAACAAAGGUAACAACAGAGUUGUAAACAAAGAGGCCAAUGGGAGCGCUCCGAAGAAAGGAAAAGAGUCUGUGGGCGAGAGCGGAGAAAACACAACUGCAGCUAGUCAGCAAGCAUCAAGGCCGAGGACUUCAAGAGGCAAUCUUUCUAAAAGCAAAGGAGAUAAAUAAAGAUGCUAAUAGAGGAAGCUCAGCCAUGGGGUUCCAUUCUAGCAACCCUCAGCAACUUUUCUACAACAAUAUUACAAAUUCAAAGGGGAUUCAUCAUAGAAGUGUUAACGAAGGAAUAGAUACCUCCAAUGUCAAAAAGCGAAAGCAUGGUCAAGGAAGAGUUUCUCCAAGUCCCUUCCUCAGGCACCACCAGCACCAACCUAGCGCAGUGAUUAAAGUAAAAUCAAAGAGAACACCAAACACCAACUCUCAGAAAAGAGGACUGACAAGCAAAACCAGGCCUCAAUCCGCCACUCUAAAGAAAUAAAGGACGCAAGAGCGCAGAAAGGCUGAGAAAGAAAGAGUCCACUGCCCAGAGAAUGCAUGAAAUCAAAAAUUCAUUCAAUCCCCAUAUAAACAGCAAGUUGUUUAACUACUCUAAAGACGAGUCCAUUGUGAAGAAUAUUUCUGAGAGUCUGAUACACAACAAGAAUAACUCUUUCAACCAAGAAGAGAUCCUUCGCAAUAAGUUAUUCAAGAAAAACCUCGGAGUAGUAAAGAAAGGAGAGGUCAAGAUCCAGAUGAUGCCCAAUAAGGGUAUCACGAACAAGAAGUCUGGCAAUAAGUUUGUCAUGUACAAACGGCCGGAGAACGGAAUCAUGCCGAAAACUUAUAAUGGAGUCAUAUAUGCUGACAAUGGUCCUAAGGUUGUAAAUACAUCCAUGGGUAAAGGAGCUUUUGGAAAAUCUAGCAUCCAUGUCAGCAAGAAGAAGUAUGAUAAAAUAGCAGCUACACAGAGCAAGAAGAACAAGCAUAAGAGAAGUGCAACUCCAAGUCUGACUGUGCCUCAGCGUACUCUGUCUCAGAAGCUUAGGUAGUUCUCCAUAAUGCCAUUCAUUCAAUUUUUCAAUAUAGAACUG